GGCGAGGUGUUUUGUAGGUAUUCUCCUUCCACACGCUUGCUGCCUCAGUAGUAGCUGGAGAGAAGGAGAGAUACUCAGAUUAAGUCGUGAGAAAGAUUUUGUAGAGUUCAUUGCACACUUCUUCGUGAUCUCGCUUUUGGAAUAACACCGGAACAGUGUCUGACUAUCAUCUAUGUUGUCUCUCAGCUUGCGUUCAGCAAGGUAGACCCACCUUCAUCUUGUGGAUCACAAGAGCCGCCGUUUGGAUUCGAUUGAAAAUCUUCAUCUAGAUGCACGUGAUGGAGGACGGUAAAACAAAGAGCAAAGGCAAUACAAAGGAUGUCAGACUUCACGUGGACGAGAAACCAAACGGUCGCGAAGAAGGUCGGUACUACAUACCAGCCCGAUAUAUACUCACCUUCAUGUCCUUCCUCGGCUUCUUCAACGUGUACUGUCUGCGGGCCAACCUGAGCGUUGCCAUAGUUUCCAUGGUCAAUUCUACCACAAAGGAGAAUGCUAGUGUUACUGAGGAGUGUCCAGAACCGACGAAAGCAAACAACACCAACUCGACCUCAACUACCUCAACAGGAGAGUUCGACUGGGACGAGAAGACGCAAGGGCUGAUACUCGGGGCCUUCUUCUACGGGUAUGUCGUGACGCAGAUUCCGGGUGGCUGGCUGGCCGGGAGAAUCGGAGGUAAACGACUGUUUGGGUACGGCCUCCUGUGCACCUCCGUGUUAACCUUGGUGACCCCAUUGGCUGCUCGCGCUGGUGUUGGUGUCGUGGUGGCCGUGCGCGUGCUGGAGGGCAUCGGGGAGGCUGUGACCUUUCCUGCCAUGCACUCCAUGUGGGGAGUGUGGUCGCCGGUCUAUGAACGCAGCAAAUCAGUUGCUUUCAGCUACGGAGGUUCACAGCUGGGCACGGUGUUCGCUUUGCCGAUUUCUGGCAUUUUAUGUCAAGACGGAUUUGCUGGUGGAUGGCCUUCCGUCUUCUACGUGUUUGGUGCCCUGGGCUGUCUGUGGUUUAUAGGAUGGAUGUUUUUGAUCAGCGAGACACCAGCCACACAUCCCCGCAUCUCGGAUAAAGAACGGCGCUACAUUGAAAGCAACCUGGGCGCCAAGGCGGAAACAGUAAACAUUCCAUGGAAGAGCAUCUUCACCUGCAAGGCUUUAUGGGGAACAGCAGCAGGGCACUUUGCUUUCAACUGGGGCGCCUACAGCAUGCUGACCUGUCUGCCCACCUACUUGAAGAAGAUCCUUCAUUACGACGUUAAAGAAGAAGGUUUCUUGUCGGCCGUGCCAUACCUGAUGCUGUGGGUGACUCAGAUCAUUGCUGGAUACUUAGCCGACUACCUUCGCGGUAAUGGCUACCUGACUACAGCAACCACCCGUAAGAUCUUCUUCUCUUUAGGUGCAGUGCUUCCCACGGGCCUGUUGAUUGGCACGUGCUUCGUAGGGUGUAAUCACACGCUGGCUGUCAUCCUGCUCACGCUGGCUGUGGGGUUUUCAGGAUUUAGUACUGCAGGCUACAACCCCAACCAUCUUGACAUAGCCCCACGGUUUGCAGGUAUUCUCUUUGGGAUCACCAAUACAGUCGCUAGCGUACCUGGAUUUCUCGGUCCCGAAAUUGUCGGGGUUCUGACAAACAAUAAUCAAACCUCGGGGCAGUGGCACAUCUUCUUCUUCCUGACGGCGGCUGUCUAUGGUGCCGGCGCCCUUCUCUUCUGUCUGCUCGCUGAAGGGGAGGAGCAGGAGUGGGCACGUGCCCCACCCAGCGCCACCUCUGCUGCCACGCAAGAGAAGGAAGUGGAAUUAGAUGAGAAGCAUGUUACGUCAGAGGAGAAGACAGUGACGUCACAUGAGAAGAGCACUCGUCUGUAGCUCAGUUGUCUCGAAUCUUCUCCGCCAUUCAGAGGACAGUUCUGUCAGAAACAGUACAAAAUACAACAAAAACAAGCCAUCGCUCAGUUUGCAGCAUGUCAACGGAUUCUUUGUAGAAGAACAUCUCAAUAUCACUGUUGAGUUACUGGUGGUGGCAUGAAAGUCGAAAACAAACAUACAUUUAAUAUACAUAGAUGUAGCUUAAUGCAUGCUGCGUCCAUAUAUAUUUAUAUAUGUAUACAGUAUUGGAUAGAACACUACAGUAAUAACUAUCAGUAUGUGUUUACAAUUUUAUGUGCCGUUGCCAUAGUUUCUCAAGGACGGGUAAGUGGGUCUAGACGAGACUUUACGAGGUAAUGUGGAGCACAUUAGAACAAGUGUCUUAGUCUGUAGUACACAAUGGUAGUUGUUUAUAUUUGUUUCUAGCUCAGCAUAGCCUGUGAUUUCAUGUGCCAAAGACUCACUCACGUUUCUUGUAUUAGUGAGUAGAGAAAAACGGAACUAAUAGCAAAGUACCAGAUGCAGUUUCUCUUAGAGAUGGAGUAGAGAAUGUGAGGCAGAAAUGAGCGAGGAAGGAAGCAGCAGUGAAGGACGUCCUCUUUGUCACGUGACAGGGGCUUGAUUUUGCUUUCUCGUUCGCUGGUCUUGUCAAGCAGAAAACCAGGCUAUUAUUUCAUCUUCAGUUACAACAUGAAAGCUGCUGUACCAACAAUGUCUUUGUGAUAGCUACGAAAUAAACUUGUGGCUGAUGUAAUGAUAUUUCUUGUAAGCUUUUCGUUAUUGUUUUGAACUACCGUUACGCAUUGUGGAUAACACAAACAACAGAACUCAUCGUUAAGCAAAGUGUGACCAGAUUGACUCUUUCAUUGACCGACUGAACGCAGUAGAAAAGACGAUUUAAGACAUAUUGCUUGUAUGCAGUUAGAUAAGUAUAAUAACAAGGUCAACACUUCCAAAUGGCUGCACAUGUAUUUUUGAUCAAAACGUUUAAUACUUCGAAAGUACCAGGUUGUUUACUCUCUUAAGGUCAGGGGUCCAGAAGGAUAAUAAACUGCAAUCAAAGUU